AUGUGGCAUAGGUCUUCCAUUGCUGGUAGUCUGAGUCCCGCAUCACUUAUACUUGGCCCUCACGCUACUUUUCAUCAACAUUGUCUUGCCUUCCAACAGAGCGAGCCGGAAGCGCCUCUCUAUCAAGCUUCCGCCUCGGACACUCAAGUCACUGGACAGACGGACCCACGCCUCCUGCAAGAACAACUUCGCUUCUGCGGCAGCGUACUCAAACAGCUCAAACGCCUCAAAGACGCACGCCCCUUCCUCUCGCCAGUCGACCCAGUCAAACUCAAAAUCCCUACCUACUACGAUAUAGUCAAGCAGCCCAUGGACCUUUCGACCAUCGAGCUAAAGUGGCGCACGGCACAAUAUCCGACGCCGCAGGAGUUCGUGAAUGAUGUGAAGCUCAUGUUUGCAAAUUGUUACCUGUAUAAUGGACGUGCGUCGGUAACCGGGCAGAGUGGAGAGAGGCUGGAGGGGGCGUUUGAGAGGUUGAUAGAGAAGAUGCCUUUGCAGGGCCUUCUCGAACUCAACUCACCCAUCGAUCGCGAGGGAAGCAGCGACAGCCUCAACCUCGCCAGCGCCGCGGCCCCGCAGUCCAGCGCAUCCCACCCGGACCUUGAACUCAAAUUUUGCAACGACGUCCUGAAAGAGCUCUGCAAGAAAACCCGCGCGACGUACAAUUGGCCGUUCCUGCAACCCGUCGACCCGGACGCGCUGGGCAUCCCCCACUACCGCACUGUAGUCACCCACCCCAUGGAUCUGUCCACCAUCCGGCGCAAGCUGGAGACCGGAUCGUACGCCGACGCGGACGCGUUUGCCGGCGACGUGAGGUUGAUGUUGAGGAACUGUUUUGUUUUUAACCCCGUCGGACAUGAUAUCCAUACGCAUGGGAAGAAGUUGGAGGAAGUGUUUGAGAGGAAAUGGGCGGCGAAGGACGCGAUCGGCAUCAUCCAAGACAAGCGGGCGCGCAAAAAGGCCAAGCGUAAGUCGAUGUCGCAUCACCACCAACAGCAGCACGCACAACAACCUCAGCAUCAAUACCACGCCGCAACCGUCUCCCCCGGCCCCAGCGCCUCCGCCGCGGGACCUAAGAGACGCAAGCAGAUGAAAGCGAAGGAGACCUUCCAUCCAUAUAAGCGCAAAGCAGCGACCGCCGCGCCUCGAGGGGGCAGGAAGGGGAAGGCGAAGGGUGAGGAGGGGAUGCAGCCGCUUUCGUGGGCAGAGAAAGAGGAACUCAGCGAGUUGGUUGGAGAGUUGACGGCGGAGAAGAUCGAAACCGUCAUGGAUAUAAUCAGAGCGGGGUCAGGGCUACCAGAGACGAGCGAUGCGGGAGAAAUCGAGUUGGAUAUUGAAGUUCUGGAUCUUCCGACCCAACGGCGGUUGUUCAAUUUUGUCAAAGGAAGUGUGGCUGCGUCGCACUCCGCCCACGCAUCGCAGCCACCAGCCGCCAAACCAAGUAAGCAUCUUGGCUUUCAGUGA